UGUUGAUCUGCCAUCGCCAGGAAUGAUCUCCUUGCUCGAGCUCUGAGAAGAGAGUCUAUACAAAAUGAAACAGGUCGUCCCUCGUCCUCGGCUGUCAGACAGUACAGCCGUUGAUCAAUUCCCUCUUUGACACUGAGUUAAGAACGCAAAGCUAGUCAUUGAAAUGGCUCGACUGUUGAUCUUCCUACCUACCGUGUGCGCGUUCAUCGCCUUCAUACUGAGCAUAUUAUGUCUUUUUGCAGGGACAAAGAAGGAUGUCCUCUCGGGGGCGGAUAUUCUCACCAUCUACACGUCUACAUUAGCAGCGAAGAAACCGGGAAUGCACGAUUUCUACUCAAUACACGUUAUGUCCUACUGCGAAGGCUUCCUUGACCUCAACGAGACUGGACAACGAAAGAACCUGACGGGUUGCUCGGACCGUACCGCGCUCUUCUCAUUCAACCCGUCCGAAGUGCUGCUGAAGGAAACGGGAAAUACUACUUCGCUGGCGGACAUGGGAUGGCCAACCGCGGUCAGCGACGAUUUCCGCGCCUUCAGGAUCACCAGCAAGAGUAUGGGAGUCUUCUACUGCAUUGGAGUAGGGACUGCCGGUCUGGUCAUUCUGGCGAGAUUGUGGUUCCUUCUAGUCAAGGGACCACGACAGACAAUUGCCGAGGUGUCAGGUCUUCUGAUCAGUUUCACCAGCCUUAGCAUUGCCUCGAUAGUCGCAACCGUGAUCGCAUUCCAAUUCGUCAACCUCGUCAACUACCACGGCAAACACUCGGGCGUGACCGCCAGAUAUGGCAACCAAUUUCUAGGCAUGACAUGGGCGUCUGUCGGGCUGUCGCUCGUCGGCGGGAUCGCGAGUCUGCUGUUUGUCCUCGUCGACCGUUCCCGACCUGAUCCGAGACCCGAACCCGAGGCGGAGGCCGAAAACGAGCCCAAGGAGCGGAUCCUGUAUCGUGAGGAGGAUUCGGAUUCGGUGAAGACCAAAGUGAACACGGAUUGAUGAAAGAGGGAAAGCCAGGGGUAAUGGAGCAGUGGAUUUCGAUCGGUUACGGUGGUGAGAGAACGGAAGAGAAUUGUAGGGAAAUGAGUUAUGGAAAGGAAGAGAAACGAAGUGAGGCCAGGAACGGAGGAAUGUGCAAAUAGUAUUCGUUGGAUAUAGCUUUGAUGACCCACUGGAAGCGCCAUUCUAUUCAAUUCUAAUGCCUAGCACUACCUGUAGCCGUCAUGGUGGACCAUAGAGAGCCCUGGGGCUUCAGGCUCAGCCCGUCAAGGCACACAGAGCGAGCAGAAUGAUUGGGUCUUGCGGGAGUUGGCGACGUCAUAAGUGGACCCCGAUGGGAUCAACGUCGAAUGACUUGAACAACGACCACUUCGUAAUGUCUCUUCUCUAUCGAGGAGGGAGUGAGUG